UCAUCAUCUAUCGAGUCCAGCAACGCCUCGUGUGAAUUGAUAUAGCUAAGAUACCAGUGGCUCUCUCCCAGUAACGAGCAUAUAGGAUACCCUCUCAAUCUAUACAACGACCAGCUCAACUUACAUCUCAAUAUGCCUACCCUAUUAGGUCGAGGGAACGCCGCCUUGGAUGUGAAUCCACCGGCGGGAAAUGAAGAGCUCAGCGUGAAUGGCAGUGAUUGGCUGUGGGCGGUGACGGCUAUCUACGUCGUUUCAUUCCUCGCUUUCUUUGGUCUGACUUUUGUGGCCCGGUCCGGCGAGAAGAUAUUCCACUACCUCUUCACCAUUGCCCUGCUCGUCGGCUCGAUUACCUACUUCGCUCAGGCAUCCGACCUCGGUUAUAAUCUUGUCAGCCAAGUCAACUCGAGCCCAAGAUUAGCUCUGACCCGACAGAUCUUCUGGCCCAAGUAUGUCAACUGGACUGUGAGCUUCCCAGCCGUUGUAACUGCUCUCGGUCUCCUCAGUGGUGUACCGUGGGCCACUAUCAUCUUCAAUGUCUUCUUGUCAUGGACCUGGGUCAUUUCAUACUUAGUCUCGGCAUUCACCGUCUCGAACUAUAAAUGGGGAUUCUACGCCUUUGGCACUGUCUCUUGGUUGAUGCUGGCCUUCAGCACCUUCAGUGCCGGUUCUUCAGCUAAGCGCGUAGGCGUGUCGCGAGACCACACGCUUCUCUCAGGCUGGGUCAACCUACUAUGGCUUCUGUAUCCCAUUGCAUUUGGCCUUACUGAUGGCGGAAACCGCAUUGGAGUCACCCCUGGCUUUAUCUUCUUCGGUAUCCUAGAUGUCCUCUUGGUCCCCGUCUUGUCUUUCGCCUUUAUCUUCCUCGCUCGCCGAUGGGACUACGGCCAGCUGAACUUGGCUUUCACACGAUACGGACGUGUCCACAACGCUGGCACAUUCCCUGAGAAGACGACUGCAGCUCCCGCUGCUGCCGACCCUGCCGUGACUGUCUAAACUACUUUCGACAGUAGUAUAUGCUGACACAAUGACUAUCUGUUCGAUCCUAACAUCAUCCCAAACGAAAUUCUCUUAAGGGACAAGGACUUCGGUCGAAUAUCGAACUGUCAGCGGGUAAUCAAACAAAAUUUCUUCGUCUGCGCUCUAGCUUAGGCACCGUCACUCACUCACGACCUCAUGAAUGAUUUCCCUUCUUCGUAAUACUCCUAUAAAAUAUAUACCCUCGUUCAGUUCGGUGGCAGAUACCCAUUUAUACGACUAAUGGCGCGGUGUUCUUUGGUAUGAAUGGAGACAGAAGAUGUUAUAUAAUGAGCAAAAAAAAAAAACCCUUAUUAAUAUAAUCUACGUAUGCAACUAAUGAUAUUUGAUGCUCUCGUGGUUCAA